GGAAGCGGAACACCAGAGCCAUUUUUCAUCGUUGAGUAACCGCCGCACUCUAUGCUCUCUGCGUGUGUGUGAGAGACAGUGUGAGGGGAAAGAAGAGUCGUGGGAGAAAGGACGAAGCCGACGCUCCUGGAUUUUAUUUUCUUAAAGCCCCACCCCCCAACCGCCCUCUUUUUUCCCCUGUCUCUGGCUGUGUGUGUGUGUGUGGGGGGGAGGCCCGGGAAGGACACACAAUGGGCCGAGGAGCCUGUCUCUAUUGGGCUGUUGUGCAGCCGCUGAGAGGGGGAGGGGGCAGAGCGAAGGAGACCGGCACGCAGAGAUAACCCAGCCGGCUCCAGCCAGGCCUCCGAGGGUGCAGAUCUUACCCGGCUCCCAGGCUCCUUCCUGGGGCUGUUUUACCCCCGGAACGCUUCUCCCUCGAGCUGCGACGUAUGGAUUUAUCGUGUUUAUGGAUUAUUGUGAAUGGGUUAUUGCGAAACGGAUCUAGGUCGGAGUGUUGAAACGGAACGGAUCACUCUUUCUCUGUGUGUUUGGGGUGAAAGGAAAGAAAGGGAGCGCAACUUCUGUUCUUUUUUUUUUCUUCUUUUUUUUGGUAUGUGUUGAGGGAAGCUUCUAGAUGGAUUACAGAAUGCACGCCAAAUCUAACGAUCUGCUGGAUUUUCAGACUUUGGAUGCCCUGUUGGAAAAAAUUGCUCAUUACUCCUCGGUCUCUGUGAAAAGAGAGACCAGUGAGGAGUGCAAUGGAAUCAGCGGUGCUCUCUCAGUGGAGUCAUCCGCACCGCCGUCGAGACUGAACAACUGGUGUUCCGCCGCCCCCGCGGCCACCGCCGCCCCUGCCCCAAUCCUCGUCCCCGUUUCGGCCCCCGUGCCCGUCACCUCUGCCAGGAUGGGCGACGGCCUGGACGCCGCCUCGGUGCAGAUGUCCUCGUCGGGCAGCAGCAGCCAGGCAGGGCAGCCCCAGCCCCCGGCCUACGUGCCUACGGUGCCGGAGUUCAACCCGCCGCCUCCGGAGUACGUGAACCCGUCGCGGCCCAAACGGCAGACCAACCAGCUGCAGUACCUGCUGAAGGCCGUGCUGAAGACCCUGUGGAAGCACAACUUUUCCUGGCCCUUCCAGGCGCCCGUCGACGCGGUCAAACUCAACCUGCCGGACUACUACAAGAUUAUUAAGUGUCCUAUGGACAUGGGAACAAUCAAGAAGCGGCUGGAGAACAGUUACUACUGGAACGCCCAGGAAUGUAUUCAAGACUUCAACACCAUGUUCACCAACUGUUACAUCUACAACAAGCCCGGAGACGACAUUGUUUUAAUGGCGGAGCAGCUGGAGAAGAUGUUUCUGCAGAAGAUCACGGAGAUGCCCCAGAACGAGACGGAAAUCGCUGUCAUGACCGGAAAGGGACGAGGCCGGGGUCGACGGGAUGGAGGUCUGAGUGUGAAGCCGGGCUCCACGAUGGAUUCUCCGUCCGCCACCCCUCAAACGCGGGGCCUCUCCGACCACUCCCCGGUCCCGCAGACCAGAGGACCCCCAGUGCCGCUGGGUCACCAGGCCCAGGGUCCUCCCUGUCUACCUCCUCAGGCCCUCAUGCAGUCGCUGCCCUCCCGCGUGCCCCCCCAGCUGCCGUCGCACACCCAUGCGCCACAGCUGGGGGCCCCAUACACCAUGGGCUCGUCGGACCCGCCCCUCCUGGCCCCCCCCAAGCUCCCCGUCAUGACCUCCAUGCCUCCUACUCCCCCCGCCCAGACUACCCUGCCGCCCUCCUCCAUCCAGAGUGCCGCCCCCAUCCUGCAGAACCCAGUGCCCGUGGCCAAACAGAGAAAGAGCCAGAAGCGGAAAGCGGACACGACCACCCCCACGGCCAACGACCAGCUGAGUGAGUCCUCACCGGCUGAAUCCAAGUCGGGGAAGACUCUGCCCCGGCGGGAGAGUGCCAGGCCCGCCAAGCUCCUUAAGAAGGAGGCGCCGGACUCCCAGCACCAGCCGGGCCUCAGCCUGGGGCCCGUUGGGGGCCCGGGGGUUGGGGGCCACAGCCCCAAGCAGCAGGAGCAGCUUCGGUACUGCGCCGGCGUGGUGCGGGAUAUGUUAAACAAGAAGCACGCAGCCUACGCCUGGCCUUUCUACAAGCCUGUGGACGUGGAGGCACUGGGCCUGCACGACUACCACGACAUCAUCAAACACCCCAUGGACCUGGCCACCAUCAAGCUGAAGCUGGACAACAGACAGUAUAGAGACGCCCAGGAGUUUGCUGCCGACGUGCGGUUAAUGUUCUCCAACUGCUACAAAUACAACCCACCAGACCACGAGGUGGUGGCGAUGGCACGCAAACUACAGGAUGUGUUUGAAAUGCGUUUCGCCAAAAUGCCGGACGAGCCUGAGGAUAUGUUGGCCACGACCCCGGCCCCCGCUCUGCUUCACUCCUCUGCACCAAUCAUCAAGUCCCAGCCACCGCCCAUCCAAAACCCCGCCUCCUCCAACCUAGGCACCAGCUCUUCGGUCAAACACACUGCCUCCUCCUCAGACAGCUCCAGUGAUUCGUCGUCGGAGUCAGAAUCCUCCACGGACGACUCUGAGGAGGAAAGGGCGCAGAGGCUGGCCGAGCUACAGGAGCAGCUCAAGGCUGUACACGAGCAGCUGGCGGCACUAUCGCAGCCGCAGGCCAGCAAACCAAAGAGAAAAGAGAAGGAGAAGAAGGAGAAGAAGAAAGACAAGCACAAACGGAAAGGAGGAGCGGUGGAGGAGUUACCUGAGCCGGCCAUCCAGUUCCCCAAGAAGACCAAGAACAACAGCAGCAGCAAGGAGCUCCUUCCCAAGAAGACCAAGAAGACCAGUAAGAAGGAGGGAGGGUCUGUAAAGAACAACCGCUCUGCAGCGCUGGGUCCUCAGGCGGGCCUGCAGCCGCCGGCCCUGCAGCCCGUUUCGGGUCUGGGGGAUGGUCUGGAGGAGGACCCCACGGCCGGAGCCCCCGGCGAGAAGGGCAAGCCCAUGUCCUACGAGGAGAAGAGGCAGCUGAGCCUAGACAUCAACAAGCUGCCUGGCGACAAGCUGGGCCGAGUGGUCCACAUCAUCCAGUCCCGGGAGCCCUCGUUGAAGAACUCCAACCCGGACGAGAUCGAGAUCGACUUUGAGACGCUCAAGCCGUCCACGCUGAGGGAGCUGGAGAGAUAUGUGUCAUCGUGCCUGCGCAAGAACAAAAAGAAGGUUCCAGUGGCAGAGAAGACCAUGGAAGCUAUGUCAGCAGCCAAAACCAAGACGGGCUCCUCUUCUGACUCCGACAGCAGUGACUCCAGCUCCUCGGACAGUGAGGAGGAGACCGGAAUGGCUCCCAAGCAGAAGAAAGGCCAAGGGACCAAGGAUGGGAAGAAGGCCAAUCUCCAACAUGUCAUGCCCGGAGCAGGGUCCCUCCCCCAGAAUCAGCCCCAACCCCAGGCUCCUGUCCUUCAGCCCAGCGUACAUCUGAAGCCACAACAACACCAUAACCCCUCCCCCGCCACCUAUAUGGUGCCUCCUCCCCCGGUAACGGCUUUGGAGUCGUCCCAGCUGCUGGAGAACACAUUUGAUUCGCUCCCCAAUUUCGGCCAGCAGCCCCUCAUGCACCUGUCCCAGCACCAUCACUCGUCACCCGCCGGGCCCCCCCACCUUAACGCUCACUCAGCCGGGGGGGCUGUGUCCCCAGAGACACACCCUUUCCUCAACCAACACCCCGUCCUCCUCAACCCUAACCCAGCCCUGCACAACGCCUUGCCACAGCAGCCGUCUCGACCUAGCAACAGGGCCGCCGCUCUCCCCCCGAAACCCCCCCAGCAGCAAGCAGCACCCCCACCAACCCUGCAGCAGCAGCAGCAGCAGCAGCAACAACAACAACAACAACAACAACAGCAGCAGCAGCAGCAGCAGCAGCAACAACAACAACAACAGCAGCAACUCCAGGCGCAGCAGCAAGCCCCCCCUCCACCCCAGCACCACCUCCCACCCCACAUCCUCCUGCCCGCCCCCUCGCAGUCCUUGCAGCGCCAGCAGCGGCCCUUGUCUCCCCCCACCCUCACCCCGCAGGGCCUGCUGUCCUCCCAGCCCCCCCAGAUGCUCUUGGAGGAUGAUGAGGAGGUGGCGGCCCCAUCGCUGCCCCUCAGCCAGGUGCAGCUCUACCUGCAGCAGCUCCAGCAGGGCCAGGCCCGGCCUGGGCCACCUACACAGCUCCCCCAGCAGCUCAUGCAGUCCCUCCAGGGCCGGCAGCAGCAGAACCAGGCUCCCCUCCUGCCGUCUGUACAGGUGCAGCCCCCCCACCCCUCCUCCCUCCAGGCCCCCCAGCCCCCCGCCUCCUCGCACCCGCCCCAGCAGAUCCUGCCCCCUCACCAGGCUGCCCGGCACCUCCAGCAGCAGCAUGUCCAGAUGGGGUACCCAACCCCGGGGCCAGGGCCCCAGCAGCAGACGGGCCCGGUAGAGAGGCAGGCGGCGCCGGUGCAACACAAGGGGCCCGUUCAGCCCUCCAGCAAGGCGCAGCACAUCAUCCAACAGCAGCAUCCGUCACCGCGGCAGGUCAAGGCGGACCCGUACGGCGGGCACCUAAGGGAGAACCCCUCCCCCCUCAUGAUGCCCUCCCCCCACCUUCCCCAGUACCCUACCAUGUCGCACCCCUCUCCGCCUCACAACCUGCAACCCAAGAAAGAGCAGCGGGCGCCGCCAGCCCUGGUGGGGUUGAAGGAGGAGAAGCUGCCUCCCUCUCCCGUAAUGAGAGGAGGAGGAGAGCCGUUCAGCCCGGCCAUGAGACAAGACCCUCACAAACACCCCGACAACCACAACAAGGCCUCGGCCCCGGGCCACACACAGCACAAUGUCAAGGCGAUGGAGGCCUCUCGGCCUGUCAUCCGCACGUCAGAGUCCAGUGGGCCUCCUUCCUCAUCGCUGCCCGACAAAGACAAGUUCAAACAGGAGCCCAAGACGCCCCCCGCCCCCAAAAAGGUACAGGAUGUAAAAGUGAAGAACAUGGGUUCGUGGGCCAGCCUGGCCCAGAAGUCGACGUCAGCCCCUUCAUCUGCGGUGAAGUCUUCUAGCGACAGCUUCGAGCAGUUCCGCCGGGCGGCCCGGGAGAAGGAAGAGCGGGAGAAGGCCUUGAAAGCCCAAGCGGAGCAGGCUGAGCGGGACAAAGCCCGUCGGGAACAGGAGAAGCUAAGGGGUCGUGACAGGGAUGACGAUGACAUCCUAGAGCCUCAGCAGCCGUCCAGGAGGGUCCAUGAGGAGUCCCGGAGCAGGCGCCUGGAGCCCCAGCAGCACAUCCCACCACCCCAGCAGCAGACCCCAGUGCCCCAGCCCCCACAGGCCCCCACCCCCCCCCAGCCCUCAGCCCAGAGCGCCCUGGACCAGCAAAGGGAGGUGGCACGACGCCGCGAGCAGGAGAGGAGGAGGAGAGAGGCGAUGACAGCGACCAUCGACAUGAAUUUCCAAAGCGACCUGAUGGCUAUCUUUGAGGAGAACUUGUUCUGAUCACUAGAGGAACUGCCAGAAACAAAAAAACUGCGAAAAGUACACAAAAUAAUGGAGUUAUAAAUAUGGAAUUACUGAUGAAAUUGAUUCUUCUGUGUGACAUCAGAGGAGGUGGUGGGUUUGGGGGUCAAUAACUAAGGCGGAGGAGGUAAAGCGAUCAAUCCCCCUUUUCCAGAGCAGGCCAGAUGCUGAUCUCCAGCUGGACUGGCCCAGGCAGAAGGAGCGCUGCCGGGCUGUUGGCCGCCCUGACACGUGGCCUCCGCGGACUUAAGGUGGCACCAGUGGGAUUUUUCAACCAAGUUCUGGUGUCGUUUCUUACCGGGGGAAGUUGACCUUUUACCCUUGUGGACACCCCAACCCCACCCCCCAGUCGAACCAGGACAGGAGGGAAAGGACUUCUGUUGGUCACGUGAUCACUUGUCUCUUUCUGUCACAAGGGAUGGAGUGGGGGGAGGGACGGUGCUGUAAAUGGAAAUUAAAGACGAUAACUGAAAAGGAAAACCGCUGACAAUGGUGAAAUGCUCUGAGAAACAAGUGAAGUGGUGAUGAUUGGUUCGUUCAUAUGUACGGACCAGGACGUUCAUGUGGAUCGCCACACACGUCUGAGGGGAGGGGCAGAAUAAGUGUUUUUAUGCGAUGUUUUGUGUCGGGGGUUAUAGGUGUGUGUGUGUGUGUGUGUGUGUGUGUGUGUGUGUGUGUGUGUGUGUGUGUGUGGGGGCGAGGGCAGGGACUUCUGACAUGCAUUUUUGUCUCAUGAUAGGAGGUACAGUCUAACUUCUCCUGUCCAGUAGAGAGAGACACACACAUGAGACAGUACACUAGAUAGGCUGACCUCUCCCUUGCUUGGGCUUAUGAACAAAUCCUUAACAGCAGUCCGUGAGUAGGAGGGAGGCAGAUUUAUGUGCAGAUUUCUUUUUUCAUUACGUAGGAUCUACUGUAAAGAUGUAUUUUCUUAUUCUAUGAUUUACUGUUCAUCCGGUUUAAUUGUUUUGUUUUUUUGUAUAUUUUUAUUUUUACCCCCCCAUCCCCCUCACGCCACAUUUCCCUGACCAACGUCUAUGCCAAACAACCAUUACCUUUUUAAAGUUGAACUACUCCUACUCAUUCGACAAAUGCUUUUUCUCUGUUCAUUUAACAUGUUUUCUCUUAAUAAUAUAUAAAUAGAUUUUUUUUUCUUUCUUGUCCUUUUCACACCUCUUCACACAAAGCAUUUUCGGUAGUUUGUAGAAGAGGACAAAACGUAAUAUAUGCAUUUUUCCAACAAGUGUUAAUUAAAGGCAGAACCAUUUGAAGUUUUUCCACAUUUCAUAUUUUCUUCAUCUUCAUUGUAUGAACCUGGAGCAGAACAGAGCAGGAUCACUACUAGAGACAGGGGGAAUUCAAAUGACACCCUAUUGCCUAUAUAGUGCUCUAGUUUUAAGGGCUUCUGGCCAAAAGGUUAUUGCACCUCUAGAGGUAAUAGGGUGUUAUUUAGAACAUGGCCAUUCUCUAGCAGUUUCUAGAGCUUCUCUUGGUUGGUUGGAGUCUGAGUUUGCCAUGACUAUAACAUCUUGUGCAUUGCUAUGCUUAAGGACAGCUUGGAAAGUGUUCUCGUUAAUUUAAUUAAUCAAUGGUGUUUUCCUCUUUGCAGCGGAUUCACAUUCACUCUAUUGAACCAGAGAAUCGGUGUCCAUUACCAUUCGAUUCAGCAGCUGGGUUGAUUCCUUCCUGUUCCUCGCUGUAAUUUUGGCCCGGAGUGUGCAUAGUUCAAAUCCUAUCUCAAGGAUACGUCACAUUAUCCAGAUUUACAAUGAAGCCGUGUAUUGGAAGUGUAUAAUCACUGGUGUUGGGUUGCCUGUGUGAACAAAUCCAAAGUGUUGUGAUCGGGCUGUGCCCAAGCCCCCCUCCCCCACCCUUUUAUCCUAGUGCCGGUGGCGGACAAGAACCGGGGUAAAAGGUGAUCUUCUAAACGCUUUAUCGACCUAACCGGGCUCUUGAAAUGCUUCCGAUGUACACGGUUGCAUGGGUGUCCCAAAUUCCCUAAAUAAAGUCCACUACUUUUGACCGUGGCUAAUGGGGUACUGUAGUGGUAGUGCACUAGAAAGGGGAUUGAGGGAGCCAUUUGGGAUUCAGCCAGCUCCUCUAGAAUAUUGCAGAGGGCGAUAUUCUGUCUGUGUGUGAGUCUCAGUUUUCAUUAAUGGAGUAAUGGAAGGCAUGCCCCUGUAAGCUGCAGACAAAAAGAGGAAUAAAAACGACUUAAAAUUG